UUGCCUUCAAGCAUGCUUUCAAUGCAAUGAUUGUUGGAGUGCCCAUAUUUUUGUACAGUUCUUAAUUUCUUAUAGUUAGAGCUGAUUUUUUUUUGUUUAUUCUUUGCAUUUGCCUUCCAUUGAAAUGCAGCUGUGGUUCUUUCUCCAUUUUAGCAGGCUCAUUGAGCAAAAUAGCGUUGUUCUUUUCUUAUGAGUGUCGUUUUGAGAUUAUGACAGUGUUUAAACAUGUUGCAUGUCGUUCUAGAGGAAGGAGCUGUCUUCUCCGAUUUUUAUUUGGCGUCCUCUCAAUCAACUUGCUAAACUUCAGCUGAAAGCAUGAAGUCUCCUUUUCAAUGAAGACUGAUUCUUCCUUUUGGACUUGAGGUGGUGGAUAGGAUUUUGGAUGCCUUCUCUCCAGUCUCUACAUCUUGAAUCUUUUGGAAAUCUCAAAGCAUAAUAGUCAAUACAUGCAGUGGACCCAGAGAAGCUUUUAGGAAUAAGCAAAGAUGAUGAUGAUGAGAAGCAAUUCGAAAUCUGUUUUCUCCUUCUUCUUCUUCUUCUUCUUCUUCAUGUUCUUCUCUUUCACAAGGGUGCAAAACAUAUACACCAGUAGCGUUAUCCCAGUGAACGUAGGUGUUAUUUUUGACUUUGAUGAUUGGGUUGGGAAGAUGUGGUGGAGCUGCAUCAACAUGUCCCUCUCAGACUUCUACACCACUCAUUCUCACUACAAAACCAGGCUCGAACUUCACCCGAGGGACUCCAUGAAAGAUGUUCUUGGCGCAGCUGCAGCAGCACUUGACUUGAUAAAAAAUACUCAAGUGCAAGCAAUAUUAGGACCAACAACAUCAUUGCAGGCCAAUUUCAUCAUUGAACUGGGGGAAAAAGCACGGGUGCCCAUUAUAUCUUCUUCUGCAUCUAGUUUUUCCAUUACUUCUGUCCAUAGUUCAUACUUUUUCCGAGCUACACAAAGUGACGCAAAUCAAGCACAAGCCAUAAGUGCAAUAAUUCAAGCUUUCAGAUGGAAAGAAGCAGUGCCUAUCUAUGUUGACAACGUAUUUGGAGAGAGACUGAUCCCUUACUUAACUAAUGCUUUACAAGCAAUCGGUACCCGUGUUUCUUACUGGAGUGCCAUUUCUCCACUGGCUAGUGAUGAACAAAUUGAGGAAGAGCUUUACAAGUUGAUGACAAUGGAAGUCAGAGUUUUCAUUGUGCACCUGUUUCCCUCUCUGGGGUCUCGAUUUUUCACCAAAGUAAAACAAGUUGGAAUGUUGACUGAAGGAUAUGUUUGGAUCUUAAGUGAUGGGAUGGUUGAUUUGUUGAGUGCAUCGGAUCCUUCAGCUCUGGAUUCAAUGCAAGGGGUAUUAGGAGUAAAACCGUAUGUUCCAAAUACAAUAGAGAGAGAGAAUUUUCGAGUUCAAUGGAAAAAGAAUUUCUAUCGUGAUAAUCCUGACAUGGUUGAUGCUGAAUUGAGCAUUAACGGACUAUGGGCUUAUGAUGCUAUGACUGCACUUGCCAUGGCAGUUGAGACAGCUGGUACCACAAGCUUAAGCUUUCAAAUGGCAAAUGUUACUAGCAAUUCGACAACAUGUCUUGAGAGUUUUGGGGUCUCUAGACAUGGUCCAAACCUUGUUCAGGCAUUGUCAAGUAUUAGUUUCAGAGGCCUCACAGGUGAUUUCCUUUUUGUCAAUGGACAGUUACAGUCAUCAUUAUUCCAGGUAGUUAAUAUGAAUGACGAGGGAGCAAGGGGGGUUGGAUUUUGGACAGCAGGAAAGGGGCUUGUCAGAAAAUUAAAUUCCUCCAAUAAUACAGUUGGCAAAGAAAGCCCUACUUCUACUUCUGGUCUUGCACCUAUUAUAUGGCCAGGGGAUUCAACUCUCAUUCCCAAGGGUAUGGUUAUGAGGAAUGGAAGAGUAUUGCGAGUAGGAGUUCCAGUAAGGAAUAGGUUCAAUCAAUUGGUGACCGUGAAAAAAGAUCCUCAUACUAACAUUCAAACGGUCUCAGGAUACUGCAUGGUUUUUAAUAAUGUACUGAAGAUGUUGCCAUAUGCUAUAAGUUAUGAGUUCAUCCUCUCAUCUGAAAGUUACGACAAUAUGAUCUACCAAGUCUACCUAGGGAAAAUUGAUGCUGUUGUGGGAGACGCAAGUAUCUUAGCUAGCAGGUCGUACUAUGUUGACUAUACUAUGCCAUUCUUGGAAAGUGGCGGCCUAUCAAUGAUUGUGCCGACCCAAGACCACACGAAUAGCAAAACUUGGGUUUUCUUGAAGCCUUUAACUUGGGGCGUUUGGAUCACAAGCAUAUGUUUUUUCGUUUUUAUUGGAUUAGUAGUCUGGGUCCUGGAACACAGAAUAAAUGAUGAUUUUCAAGGACCUCCGUUGCGUCAAAUAGGCACUAGCAUUUGGUUUUCCUUUUCAACCAUGGUUUUUGCUCAUCGGGAGAAGGUGAUCAGCAAUUUGGCUAGAAUAGUGGUAAUCACAUGGUGUUUUGUUGGCCUUGUCCUCACGCAAAGUUAUGCCGCUGCCUUAUCUAGCUUCCUUACAGUACAACAGCUGAAUUCUAAUGCUUACGAUCUAAAUGAGCUCAUUCAGAAGAGGCAGAAUGUGGGCUACCAGAGUGGUUCUUCCGUUCGUGGAUUUCUAAAGAGCUUGGGCUUUUAUGAAUCUCAACUUUUGCCAUAUUCAUCGGCCGAAGAAUGCGACCAACUUCUUUCAAAAGGAAAUGAAAAUGGAGGUAUUGCUGUUGCUAUUGACGAAGCACCAUAUCUGAAUAUCAUUCUAGCAGAACAUUGUGACAAAUAUACCAUGGCUGAAUCUAUGGAUCUUCAAAAAUAUAUGACCAGCGGCUUUGGCUUUGUCUUCUCUCGAGGUUCUUCUUUGGUACCUGAUGUAUCAAGAGCAAUCUUAGCACUGAAAGAGAAUGGUGAAAUUAAGAAAUUAGAAGAUGAAUGGUUUGGCAACGCCAGUUGUUCAGUUCGUAGCGACCCAGUUUCUAAUAGACUUGGCCUUGAUAGUUUCAAAGGCCUGUUCUUGAUUGCUGGAAUGAUUUCAGUUUUAGCUCUUCUGACAUACAUGGCCAUGAUUGCUUACGAAAACAGACAAGUUCUGAUCAAUCCAAGAAUCUCAAUGUUAAGUAGAAUUCUUGAUUUGUUAACAAUCUUUCAGAAGUACUUCUCGCUUGCUUCCAGGAAAAGAGGCUUUAAUAGUCCUGCUCUCACCAGUGCACCUGGACUAGGUGCUCCAAAUCAUACAGUCCAAGAACAUCCCCGUGGAGAACAAGGGGUACAUUAAUUCUGACUCGGCAGAGCAUGCUGGUUCAAGUCUAAACAGGCAAAGGCUUCAAAACUAGGCCAUCAAGAAUAACAAGUCAUACCAAAUUGCGCCUAAAUAAUUAUAGUUAUCAAUAUAUAACACUGCUUGACAUUUGUAAUUUUCCAUUUCUUAUAAAUUAUUCUAUAUAUAUGAAAAAUUGAUGUAAUAUAUAACUUCUCUAGAAGUAGUCGUAAAUACAAGGAAAAAGCUUGGCA